AUGGGCGUGCCGCGAGUUAGCAGCACCGCGCCAGCCGAGCUCGAGCUCGGGCGAGCGAGGCGACCCCACCUGUUGAUCGUCGACGACUCGAGAGAAACGCGCGCGAGCGGAGAAGUGUGGCCUCCAGAAGGCUUAGAAGCCCAUUCGAGUGUUCGCGGUAGUUCAGUUGAUUACGCAGCAGCGUUGAUGCUAGCAGCGAUGGCGGCUGUGUUGCUGGCUGCUGUCGGCUACCAGUGCGCUGCAACCUGGCGAUGGAUUAUGGGCAGGGCACGUCGAGAAUCAGAAGAUAGUAACUGCGAUUCUCUGUCUCGCCAGGCAGCCAUUCGUAUCAGUCACUCGUUACCUGAUUUGCAGACCGAACCCUUGAAACAAGAAUACGUCCAAGAGCACAAAGAUGCCGGCAAGAAGGUCCUUCGACAAACAACGUUGCCAAUUGUACCAGAUCGACAUCAAACGUUCCAACGCCAGCUGUCCCACCGUCUGGACCUACCUUCUAUCCAGUUCAGCAUCUGUAGUCUGGAACGGGCUGACUCAUCUAUUGGACUCAUUAAACCGGAGCUGUACAAGAAUGAGCUGGUACGUCAAUCCUCGACAGACAGCGGGGAGUUGGAAUUUUGCGGAAAAUUACACUUCGCUCUGAGAUACGAUCAGGAAGUAGAGGCUCUUGUUGUAAAGAUAUUCGAGGCGCGCGACUUACCCGUCAAGGACGUACUAGGCAGUAGCGACCCCUAUAUCAAGGUGUUCCUGUUGCCAGACCGCAAGAAGAAGUUUCAAACUAAGGUCCAUCGCAAGAAUCUAAAUCCAGUCUUCAAUGAAACAUUUCUCUUCAGUGUCCCUUAUGAAGAACUUCGUCAGCGUUAUCUUCAGUUCUCUGUCUACGACUUCGAUCGCUUCAGUCGUCACGAUCUUAUCGGGCACGUCGUGCUUAAGGGUCUCCUCGAAUCAGCUGAUCUGCAUCAAGAGAUAGAAUAUACCAUGAAUAUUCUUGCUCCACCCCAGGAGAAGAAGGACCUUGGUGAAUUGAUGCUGUCGCUCUGCUAUCUGCCCACUGCUGGACGACUGACGGUUACGGUGAUCAAGGGCAGGAACCUCAAAGCAAUGGAUAUUAAUGGAUCAUCAGAUCCAUACGUGAAAAUCUGUCUCAUCUGCCAAGGCAAGAGGAUAAAGAAGAAGAAAACAACAGUUAAGAAGAACACGCUAAGUCCAGUAUAUAACGAGGCUCUGGUCUUUGAUCUGCCAGCUGAGAACGUGUAUGACGUCACGCUACUCGUGAAAGUCAUCGAUUAUGAUCUGAUUGGUCCAAAUGAGCUGAUCGGCUGUACAGCAAUCGGCUCAUCUCUUAUCGGUAUCGGACGCGACCACUGGCUGGAGAUGCUGGACAACGCUCGGAAACCCGUCGCCCAGUGGUACCCUCUCAACAAGAGCCCCCCGACGAACGUAAACCUACCUGCCAACAAUCAACAUAAUUCACCACUGAAUUGCUUAAGUAUGAAGAGACUUAUCGAAUGAUGAGAGAUCGACUCAAAACGACCGUGUUUUCUGUAAAGGAGGUGAAGAAAACCCGUGCGGUUUUCUCGAGAUGCCAAAGAUUUAUAAGUAGGUAAUUAUGAUUAGACGAUUAAUGGUUGUAUGUCCAUUUACUGUAGAGAAUAUAAAUGUAUAAGUGAUAAAAAAAAAAAAAAUA